AUGCCUCAAAGCUACCCAGAAGAUGGGGCGCCAGAUGUCAAACCGGUCACACACGAUCAGAAGAUUAAUAAAGCCAAGGAAGUGCUGGGUCUGGAAGAAGGGACCACCAUCGCCGUCAAUACGGACGAUGACUUGCUCGCAUCUCUUGGGUAUCGAGCGGAAUUGAAGCGGGAGUUCUCAUAUCUUACAGUCUUUGGGCAGAGUUUCGGAGCUAUGGGAAUCGCGCCAGCGAUCGCUGAAUCCAUGAUAUUCUCGCUGGGAAGUGGUGGUAGUGUGGGUAUGGUGUGGACAUAUUUGGCGGGAUGUAUAUUGUUAAUUCCGGUGGCAUUGAGUUUGGGAGAGUUGGGAAGCAGUAUGCCGACUUCUGGGGGAUUAUAUUAUUGGGUUGCCCGCCUGACUCCUCCAGGACAAAGAGCGUUCAUGUGCUGGCUUGCAGGGUACAUGAACGUGCUUGGCUAUGUGACCAUCUAUUCAUCAACCAUCUACGCCGCGACGCUCAUCCUAGGCGCAACAUGCUCCAUUGGGAGUGACGGAGCAUAUGUGGCGACGAAAUAUGAGAACUACGGCAUGUUCGCCGCAACCACACUCCUAACCUUCGCCAUGACUUGCGUAUCCUCCAAGCUGCUUAAUAAGCUCAAUUUCUGCUACAUAAUUGUCCAAUUCGCCAUGCUUCUCGCCGUUAUCAUCGCCUUAGCAGCGGGUACACCGAAAGAGCUCAAGAACAGCGCCAGCUUUGUGUUCGCUGAUUUCGUCAACACCGGAUUUUGGACGAACAACGGAUGGGCGUUUAUGAUGAGCUUCUUGACACCUGUGUGGGUUGUUAGUGGCUUUGAAUCUUCUGCUACCCUCGCAGAAGAAGCUAGUAACGCUGCAAAGGCGGUGCCGUUUGCUAUGGUUUCUUCGCUGGUUACUGGCGGGAUUACGGGUUGGGCUGUGCUUAUCACUAUUGCGUUUUGUAUGGGCACUGACGUGAUUGAUAUUGUCACAUCUCCGCUCGGACAGCCGUUUGCUCAGAUUGCAUUCAACAGCUUGGGUAAGAAUGGUAGUAUUGCGCUGUUGGUGUUUUUGUGGUUUUCCUCUAUCUGUAACUGCUCCAUUUUGAUGGUGGCUGCUUCGAGAGAGACUUUUGCAUUUGCUAGAGAUCACGGGCUCCCUUUCUCUGGAUACCUCAGGGUGCUGUCGGCCAACAAGACGCCGGCUCGCGCCGUCGGCUUCGUAGCCGUAUGCACUCUUUUCGAAGGUCUGCUCAUGUUUGUGAACACCAUCGCCAUCAACUCUAUCUUCAACCUCUCUAUCAUGGGUCUCUACUUCGCCUACUGCAUGCCCCUGAUAUCUCGCCUCCUGUUCCGCCAUUUCACUCCCGGUGUUUGGUACAUGGGCGACAAACUGUCCUACAUCUCGGCCGUAUAUUCAGUCGCCUGGAUGUCGUUCGUUUUCAUCCUGCUACUAUUCCCAUCUUAUCCAGAUCCAUCACCAGAUGAGAUGAACUAUGCUGUUGUUGUGCUGGGAUUUGUAUUGGUGUUUUGUGUGGUGUAUUAUUACAUCCCUGGAUUUGGAGGCAAGACGUUUUUCAAAGGGCCUGUGAGAACGAUUGAUGAGCUUGUGGAUGACAAUCCAGAAAUUGCGGCGCGGCUGGAAAGCAAGAUCGCUCAUAAGAGGCCUGCUUCUGGCUCUGGGUCUGGAUCGAAUGAUGAACAAAUAAAGAUGGAGAAGGAG